GGCGGUUGAAUUUAAAUUCUAAAUGUGAGCAGCUGCGGCUUGAUUGGUGGCGGCGGCCGCCCGAGCGUUUGCUUUUGUUGUUGGGGACUGACUACGGGCACUGUUCAGGCUUAAACCAUGGAUGAAAACUGUUUUGUAUUACCAGAGGCCAAUGCUGACGUUAUAGAAGAGAAAUGCAAAAGGAGACAGUCUGGAAUAUUAAAGUCUUCAAGGAGUCCACUUAGAACUCUGAAAGAAAUUGAUAUCAACCAAAAGAUGGAGCCAGUGAGUAAACUUCGUAGGAGUUCUCGAAGAGUCAGUUUUGCAGAUACUAAGGAAGUUAAGGAGUUUGUGACAGAUAAAAUGAUAAUACAAGAUAAUAUGGAAAAUGAUGAAGCUAUUUGCACAUUAGAAUGCAGACAAAACAUCGAGAUUCUUAAUUCAAGAAUAAGCAGCCAAAAAGAGAAUCAGCAACAAGAGUUGGAAAGAGAUGUGAUAACACAGAAAAAUUUGAUUACUGGUAUGGAUGCACUGCUUCAUGCACCUCUCCGAACUCCUCUGCAACAAUUAGAGCCCUGCGAAACUAUUGAAACUGUCAGUGAGCAUCAAAUCUGCCCCAUCUCUGGGCUUGAAGUGCGAAGGGAAAGCGAAGAAACAGCCCCAACUUCUGAAUUUAAAAAAAAAAUUGACUUCAAAUCUUUCUUGGCUGGGCUUGAUUCUAGAAAGCCUGCAUAUAGAAAUUCAAGUAAUGACAGAGAAGAGAAAGUUUCCAAUAUGUUCUUUAGUUCUGUGGAACAAAAUGUAGCUCCCAAACAUCAAAAGACAAUUAAUUUUAAAUCAUUCUUAAACAGCAUAAAACCCACUGAGGCAGAUGAAAAUAAGAUGAUGUUCAUGCCCUCCACUUAUGAGGAACAGAAAUUUAAACCAACAGACUUGGGCGUAACUUCAAAUUGUGAAACAAAUAAUUCAGUGUUGCAAAACCACACUAUCAACAGCUUAGAUGCAAAUAAAACUAUAUUGUUUCUAGAGCAUGAUAAUGAUAUGGAGAUCACCAAAAGCCAUACUAUUUCUAUUAACCAUUUUGUCAUGGGAAAAUGUGAUGGAUUUCAUUCAGUAAAGGAACCUAAUAACUCAGUGAAACUAGGAAAUAAUGGAUCACUUGAUUCUUCCCUUCCUCAACGUAAGGCUGUUGUGCUUUCUGGAGUAGAUCAUAUUGCUGUGACAGGAAGUGUUACUGUACCCAUUAAUGUGAAGACAGAUCACCAAACAAAUCAAGAUCAGCCAACAGUUGCCGCAUCUAACAUAAAUGAGAGAUCAAUGUUGCUGUCAUGUAUCCAUGAUGAACUUGCAGUCACUGGUUAUGAAUCUUCUAGAAAAAUUGAGAAGAGUAAGGCACAGGAUACAACAAAAUUGAUGUCUAGGUCUUUGGGUAUUCAUCAGGAGAAUCUGACAGAAACUCAGAUGUUUUCCAAUGAAAAUGACAUGGAUAUAACUAAAAGCCACACAGUUUCUAUUGACAGUGCAAUGCUUGGGCAAGUGUCAAAUUGCAAAGUUGGUUCAAAUGCAUCUUUUAUUCAUGAUAAAACCAUGGUGUUUUCAGAAGCAAAUGAUAUGGAUAUUACACAGAGUCAUACAGUUGCAAUUGAAAGUGAUGAUCCACAACAAUUUUCAAACAAAGCAUUACAGUCAACAAGGAAGAGUAUCAGUUUGUUUACUCCUGGAUCAAAAAUGGCAUUAUUACCCAAUGAAAAUACCAUUAUGUUUUCAGAGGCAAAUGACAUGGAUAUAACCAAAAGCCACACAGUUACAAUUGAUGGUGGAAGUGUUUGGAAAGUGCCAGAUUGCACAGUUGGAUCAAAUGCAUCCUUGGCUAAUGAUAGAACUGUGGUGUUUUCAGAAGCAAAUGAUAUGGGCAUUACAAAAAGCCAUACAGUUGCAAUUGAAAGUGACAAUCUUAGUCAAAUUUCAAACAAAGCAUUGCAGUCAUCAAGGAAGAGUUUCAGUUUGUUUACUGCUGGAUUGAAAAUGGCAUCAUUACCCAUUGAAAAUACGGUUAUGUUUUCGGAGGCAAAUGAUAUGGAUAUAACCAAAAGCCACACAGUUACAAUUGACAGUGGAAGUGUUGGGAGAGUGCCAGAUUGCACAGUUGAGUUAAAUGCACCCUUUGCUAGUGAUAGGACUGUGGUGUUUUCAGAAGCAAAUGAUAUGGACAUUACACAGAGUCAUACAGUUGCAAUUGAAAGUGACAAUCUGGGACAAAUUUCAAACAAAGCAUUGCAGUCAACAAGGAAGAGUUCCAGAUUGAGUACUCUUGGAUCCAUCGUGGCAUCGUUACCCAAUGGAAAAACUGUAGUAUUUUCAGAGGCAAAUGAUAUGGAUAUAACCAAAAGCCACACAGUUACAAUUGACAGUGGAAGCAUUGGGAGAAUGCCAGAUAGCACAGUUGGGUCGAAUGAACCCUUUGCUAGUGAUAGAACUGUGGUGUUUUCAGAAGCAAAUGAUAUGGACAUUACACAGAGUCAUACAAUUGCAAUUGAAAGUGACAACCUAGGACAAAUUUCAAACGAAGCAUUGCAGUCAACAAGGAAAAGUUCCAGAUUGAGUACUCUUGGAUCCAUCGUGGCAUCGUUACCCAAUGAAAAAACUGUAGUAUUUUCAGAGGCAAAUGAUAUGGAUAUAACCAAAAGCCACACAGUUACAAUUGACAGUGGAAGCAUUGGGAGAGUGCCAGAUAGCACAGUUGAGUUAAGUGCACCCUUUGCUAGUGAUAGGACUGUGGUGUUUUCAGAAGCAAAUGAUAUGGACAUUACACAGAGUCAUACAGUUGCAAUUGAAAGUGACAAUCCAGGUCAAAUUUCAAACAAAACAUUACAGUCAACAAGGAAGAGUUCUAGGUUGAGUACUCUUGGAUCCAUCUUGGCAUCAUUACCCAAUGAAAAAACUGUAGUAUUUUCAGAGGCAAAUGAUAUGGAUAUAACCAAAAGCCACACAGUUACAAUUGACAGUGGAAGCAUUGGGAGAGUGCCAGAUUGCACAUUUGAGUUAAAUGCACCCUUUGCUAGUGAUAGGACUGUGGUGUUUUCAGAAGCAAAUGAUAUGGACAUUACACAGAGUCAUACAGUUGCAAUUGAAAGUGACAAUCUAGGACAAAUUUCAAACAAAGCAUUACAGUCAACAAGGAAGAGUUCUAGGUUGAGUACUCUUGGAUCCAUCUUGGCAUCAUUACCCAAUGAAAAAACUGUAGUAUUUUCAGAGGCAAAUGAAAUGGAUAUAACCAAAAGCCACACAGUUACAAUUGACAAUGGAAGUGUUGGGAGAGUGCCAGAUUGCACAGUUGGGUCAAGUGUAUCCUUGACUAGUGAUAGGACUGUGGUGUUUUCAGAAGCAAAUGAUAUGGACAUUACAAAAAAUCAUACAGUUGCAAUUGAGAAUGGAAAUUUUAAAAUGAAUGGCAACCAAACUUUUGGCUACCAGAAAAUGACGUCCAGUCACAGUAAUACCCUGGCAUGUCUUCCCAAUUCCAGGUCUAAUUUAUUUUUACAAUUAAAUGAUGAUGGUAUACCUCCAAGCCCUGUAGCUGUGGUGGACAGUAUGAAUUUUGAGGCAAUUGUAAAUUGUGCUGUUAGUUCCAGUUCAUCCUUUCCUGGUGGUGACACUGUGGUAGUCUCAGAACCAAAUGAUAUGGAUAUGACCAGAAGUCAUACAAUUGCAAUUGAAGGUGGAUGUCUUGGUCCAGCUAUAAAAUUAAAAACAUGUUCAGCUAGUUCUUUUCCUGGUGAUAGGACCACAAUAUUUUCAGAAGCAAAUGAUAUGGACAUGACCAAAAGCUAUACAACUAAUAUUGAUAGUGAAAACUGUGAGGCAAUUUCAAAUGGAGCACUUUGUUCUGCAAAAAUAACCUCUGAUUUGAAUGCUGUUGGGUCUAUCCUAUCAUCAUGUUCCAGUACAAAUACUGUGGUUUCUGAACAAGCAGCAGCUGUUAAAGAAAAAGACAUUGUGCUUAUUCAUGGGAGGCAUGAUGAAUAUGGUAAACACAAAGUUACCCAGCUAAAGCUUGUCACAGAGCAACAACAGUUUAGUAACCAAAUGGAUCAUGCUAGUAGUAGGAUUCAAAGAAAUUUGGAAGCUAAUUUGAAGUGCAUAACUGGACCUAAUGAAAAAAGGAAUCUGAAAGGAAUCGAGCUCUGCAUAGAGAGUUCUUCUGAUGCUACUCUAACACACAAAAGUAACCUUGAAGUCCAGGAGAGAGCAAUAAUUGAUCAGACCAAGGAGGCAGAUUCUGAAGCAUUUAUUCAGUCUCAGGUUACUGAAGGUAAUGCUCAUGGGACAAGAACUGAAUCUGUAAGUACAACAAAUAACUAUUUGGAAUGUAAUGCAUCCAUAAAGUCAGAUAUAUCUAAUGUGUCAUCUCUUCAGAAAAUGAAUUACAUACCCGAUAUAACUCCUGACUCUCCAUUAGAAAAGCCUCCAAUGGAUGGCAACAACCCUGUUGAUUGUCAAACAUUUGAUGUAAAGACUUGUUUACCAAAACAAAGCUCAUUUGUUAAGGACCCACUUGCAUCUCAAAUCUCUCUUAGUGCCUUCCUUCCUAAAUUGCCUAGCAGAAGAAAUCUAUGUAGAACUGUGCAUUUAAGUCAUCAGAAUGUAGUAAAAUCAUCAGCAGAAUAUCACUGCUCUGAUUCACUUCUAAAUACAACGGCCAAAUCAGAAGGUCUUGAAAGCUCAGAAAUAUUUGAACCUUCUGGAAACUCCCAGGAACAGUUGGAUGGACAGCAUAAAAUGCAGGUGAAUGAUUGUGAUGAAGUAGAAAGCAGAAAGUUGGAUUUUUUGAAUCCCUCUCUCUGUUUGAAGUCCAGUGGAGGGUGCUCUCUCCAUGAACAGCAGUAUAGAGAAACUUUUUCUGCUCCUGAACAAGGUAUCAAUGCGACAGACCAGGUUCUUUUAUGCUCAAAAAUUUCAACAGUGGUACAAAGGCCUUGCCAGAAACGAAUUUGGAGUGAAGAAGAAAAUGGAAAUGUAUACAACAAAAGAAAAACAUUGGAAUGCAAGGGCACUGAUGCUUCUAGAAAAGAGGUCAAAAUUACACCUGCUGUGCAGUGGGAAGGAGUAGGGCAUGAAACAGUGGAAGAGAACUUGCUGAGUCUGACAACGAAGAGCCUGGAUAGCAACAGUUCCUUGGAUUCAACCAAAGGUGAUGGUACUUCUGCUCAUACAAUCACUCCAAAAUGCAACUUAAAUGCAUCCCUUGUGAUCUUGGAGGAGUCAGAGUUGCAUAAGAAAUUGAUGGAUGGUGAGAUCACAGUCCGGGAAUUCUUCAAGUUCUUGAAAGUUCAAACACGUCCACAGAAGUCUCGCCAGAGUGAGCUGCAAGUCAACCCUGAAUUGGACAGAUCCUCAGGACUGGAAAAUUGGCUGGCUGUGAAGUUUAUUCACCGACCAAAACGGGAAGUCUAUGAAGACAAUAGUUCUGCACUCUCUGCGGCCAUAAAUGACCUGAAGGAUCAGUUGUUAGAUCUUGACAAGCUCUUGUCAGAAGUGAACUAUCCACUUCUGAAAGAGGUGAUGCAAAUGACAAAAGAAGAGUUGCAACAGUUUCGUUCUUGCUUGAAUACCAAGAAAAGCACUUAUGUGAAGAGGACUAAAGUAAUCUGCCAUGAACAAAAGGUUCAACUGUACUUGACACAGUUGAAUGCAUUGAAGGCACAACAUCAGCAGAGAAAGGAAUACGAAGAUUCCUUGGAUGAUAUACUAAACAAAAUGGAUGACUGCCUUGCGUCAUUAGAUCUCGGAAAUUUGGAUCAUCUAGGAGAGUGUAACAUGGAUGCCUUUGAUAGUUAUGAGGACCUGAUGCAGCUAAAGCAAAUUGUGAAUAACAAAAACAAGGAUUUGAAAAAUCUUCAGGGAGAAUGCUGUAAGAUGGAAAGUCAACUUGCUAAAGUACUUGAUGAAAAAUUGAUGCAAGAAAAGGCUGUUAAUAUGUUGGAACGUAAUGAAGAAUUUCAAGAACUUUUAGAAUGGACAUUGGUGCCUUGCCAAGAUGACCAAGCUGUUUACAGAUUCCUGUAUGACUCCUUGGAAUUGACUUUGCAGUAUGGGGAGCCUGAAUGUGCUGAACUUUCCCCUGGUGAGAAGUACAGGAAAAUUGUUGACAUAAAGCUUGUCUCUGAGUUGGAUGAGAAAGAAUCACCUGCACACUCGAAGCUUGUUCAUGAGCUGGUUAUGAUGUGUUGGAAGAAUCGAGAAAGUUGGCACAGUAAACACUCCAAUGAAUCUCAGGUCCCCAUGCUCUUACUUGAUCUCUCGCUUGUGGUGAGUCGAUGUCGAUUACUUGGUGAUGAACUGGAAUAUUUGUUGAACUGGGGAUCAAAAUUUGAUAUCUUGAAACUGGAGAUUCAACACACAGAUGUGAAGUUCCUUGUCUCGAGCUAUGAAGCAUUAUCGAAGUUUGAAGUUGCAUUUCAUAUUAUGCCAGGUUAUCCAUGGCUUCCUUUGCAAUUCACAUUUAAUUCUUGGUUUGGAAACAUCAGGGCUGAACAUAUUAAGGAAAUCCUGAUGACUGUAAAACCUGGACACAAGUACCUAAUCAGGAUCAUGAAGAGUCUCUUCCUGACACUGCUCAUCAGACCAGGAGCUAACAGAUUCCAGUUACAGCCUGCCUCUCCCUGAGCAGAAAAGCUGAUGUACAUUCACCAUUGUACCCAAAUUAUUCCCAUUUCUACUAGGCCUUUUAAUGAGCGGGAUAUGGUAAAGCAACCAAGGAUGAUACUAUAAAAUGAUGCUGUGAUUUAGCAUCCAAUCCUUGCAAGGAAUGACGAAGAAUACAACUCAGACUGAAGCAAUGAAGGUAUCCCCUUGGCUGUGAUGUGUCAGUGUAAAUAGGUAACAGACCGUUCCUGGUGUUCACAGGACUACAGAACAAUCUGCUUUAAAUAUUGGCUGUUCCUUUCUGUAAAUUUAUAAGUAUUGUUUCAGUAAUAUUAAAACUGUGUUUCAUGUAGACCACAGAUUAAGGAUGGUUGUGGUAUAUUUCGUAACAAAUUUGACUCUACAUAGCACAAUAUAUGGGUUGCUCAUUGUAGUUCAGUGUACAAUGAGACUUGGACCGUGGACCGAAGAACUUGAUGGGUGAUACGUCCUCUGUUCCACAGCAUGUCUCUUUUAGAUGAAGUAGUGCAAAAUAUACAGUAACUUUUCAAGAAUGUAAAAUGUUUUAUUUUUUAUUUGGAGAUUAAAUUUAUA